AGCUGAGUGGUUGACUUAGAAGCGUCCUGAUUGGCUGAGGUGGGCCCUCCCAAUGCUCUUUAAAGCUUCCACUCACCUCCAGGGCUAAAAACCGAAGCUCAUCCUUGAUCUGUGAGCACAUCUAGUGUCCUGCAUCUGACUGACUCUCAUUACGAAAUCCUUAUCUGUAAACAUGGAGCGUAUGGAGCUGAAGAAAGUGAUCAUGGAGGCGGACGAUGAAAGCAGCGUGGACGAACGCUUCACGCCCAUCGAUUCAGAGAAGGCCACCAUUAACAGCUCACUUCUGGAUGAGGAUGACACAGAGAGUCAGAAGUUUCUCACCAAUGGCAUCAUGAAGAAGAAGAAAUAUGAGGAAGAAGAAUAUCACCCGGGUCACGCGUCGUUUGGGAUGUCCGUCUUUAACCUCAGUAACGCCAUCAUGGGCAGUGGUAUUUUGGGACUGUCUUUCGCCAUGGCCAACACUGGCAUCGUACUGUUUGUCAUUCUGCUGCUUGGAGUCGCUAUCCUGUCGCUGUACUCUGUUCAUCUGUUACUAGUGACGGCCAAAGAAGGAGGCUCGCUGAUCUAUGAGACGCUCGGGGAAAAAGCGUUUGGAUGGCCGGGAAAAAUGGCAGCUUUUGGAUCAAUAACUCUGCAGAAUAUAGGAGCCAUGUCCAGCUACCUGUUCAUAGUCAAAUACGAGCUGCCGGAGGUGAUUCGAGCUUUUCUGGGGCUGGAGGAGAUCUCUGGUGAAUGGUAUCUGAACGGGAAUUACCUGGUGGUGUUUGUGUCUAUCGGCAUCAUUCUGCCGCUGUCUCUGCUGAAAAACCUCGGGUAUCUCGGGUACACCAGCGGCUUCUCUCUCUCAUGCAUGGUGUUCUUCCUGGGAGUGCUGAUCUAUAAGAAGACGAUCCUGCCGUGUCCUCUGCCGUUCUUCUACCAGCACGAGUCAAACAUGAGCAUGAACGGCUCGGAGGCUCUGGGUCUGUACACGCUGCAGAACGCCUCGGCGCUGGCGUAUAUCUCUGAAGCUCAGCCGGAUCCUCACGGUCCGGCGCACGACCCGCUCCACAGCGCCGUCCAGUUCACGCCUCACCCCGACGACCACCAGGACAUGUGCACACCCAAAUACUUUGUGUUCAACUCACAGACCGUAUACACCGUUCCCAUCCUCGCCUUCGCCUUCGUCUGUCAUCCUGAAGUUCUGCCCAUCUACAGCGAACUCAAAGAUCGCUCUCGGAGGAAGAUGCAGACGGUAUCAAACCUGUCCAUCCUGGCCAUGCUGGUGAUGUACCUGCUCUCCGCUCUGUUCGGCUACCUGACGUUUUAUGAUCAUGUCGAGGCAGAGCUGCUUCAUACCUUCACAAAGGUCUACAAGUUUGACACGAUGCUUCUGCUGGUGCGUUUGGCUGUGCUGACGGCGGUGACGCUGACCGUUCCCAUAGUGCUGUUCCCCAUCCGUUCGUCAGUCAUCACGCUAUGUUUCGCUGGAAAAGAGUUCAGCUGGAUCCGACACAUCCUCAUCGCUGCUGCCAUACUGGCCUUCAACAACCUCCUGGUGAUCUUCGUCCCCACCAUCAGAGACAUCUUUGGCUUCAUCGGUUCGUCUGCAGCCACCAUGCUCAUCUUCAUCCUGCCGGCGGCGUUUUACCUGCGGCUGGUCAAGAGUAUACCCUUCAGAUCGCCUCAGAAAAUAUCUGCAACCAUUUUCCUGGUGGUCGGCAUCUUCUUCAUGAUCGGCAGCUUGUCUCUGAUCGUGAUGGACUGGAUUCACAACCCGCCGGGCUCGAAAGGUGCUCAUUAAAGCGGCGCCGGUCGUCUGCUGAAGCCGUUUCAUCCCAGAGAUCAUCUCUCGCGAGACACGGACGAACCCUGUGCCUCUACCUCUCUCUCCUCUCAUAAACUCUUGUUUCUUGUUUUAACUUCUCCCGUGUGUUCUCCCGGCUCUCACAUCGCUGUGUUCACGAGACUCGCUCAUUACGAAAGAUGGAAAGAGAGAGAGUUGGGCAGAAGGGUUCCUCAAAUAAGCACUUGAGCAUUUUUAUCAAGACAUGCCAACAAUCACGUUUUCUUCCUGUUUGCCUUCAUUAGCUGGUCAUAGAUAGUUAGUUAGUUUGUUAUUAGUUCACUCAAAGAUGGCAUUUCAGUCGUUUAUGCUGAGGAAGAUCUUCGACGUACAAAAUGAAGGCAACUAAACGAUGCUGAUUUCCAUUUCUGAGUGAACCCUGUGUUUAAUGCUAUCACUUGAAUCAGAUUUCCUCUUUGAGAGGGGGAAAAAGGUCCAAUUAUUGCAUUUUUGUACCAAAAUGAAGUACAGUUGGUCCACAAAAGCGCAGCUUUUUCCUCUCAAACUGAUCCGUAAGCAUCGACUCGUUAAGAGGAUUUUCAUCGCAAGACGUCUCAACAACUGCAUUCAGCUUUCUAAAGCAGUUCAGAUGAUUUUUAACCACACCAAACGAGCAGAAACCUCUGCUUCUGACUCAUUAAUCACCGUUUAGUCAUCGCACACAGGUCCUGACCUGACUGUUCGGCUUGGCUUUACGUUAGCAGACCGCGGUCUGUUCGAAUCAGCGUUUACUGUCGAGAUCUGUGCCUUCUUUCUUUUCUUACACUGCCUCACUGGAGAGAAACGUCGAGGUUUACAGAAGCCAGACGGUCACGCCUGUUUCUCAAACAGGUUUCUGCAUGCGCCGGUCCAGCCAAGGUGGACGAUAUUUAAAGAUCCUUUGGUGAUCUAUUUACUCAUAAAGCAAGUGAAUAUUUCAAAUGAAAUGGUUAUGAUAUUUUUGCAUGUUUUAAAUCACAAACAUGGUCUUUUUGGACGUUGUAUAUGGUUUGUAAAUAGUCUAAUUUGUUGUUUUGCUCACUGAUGGGUGCUGGAAGGGGCGGACACAUGCUAGAGUUUGAGUAUUAUAUUUUAGAUGUCGGUGCCAUCAUGUUUUCUUUUGUAAAUUUGUAGAAAAGCCAUUGUAUUUCUAUUGUGCCUCCUUGACGGUUUUUACGAUGAACUGAAUAAUGGAGUUGCGUGGGUUUUUUCUUUUUUUGUGUGUUACUUGAUUAGUUAUCAGCUGAAAUGGUACAGAAAGACUCGCAGACGAGCGUUUGCUCACGUUUGACAUCGAGAUAUGCUUGAAAACCAUCAGAUUUUGAGCAGUAUUACCUCUGCAAACCACGUACCGGACGUGUUCGCAAGUGCGAUUUAUAUAUGUAUUUUAAAGUCGACGUGAAAUCAAAACGGACCCUAUUUGCUUUUUUAUUAACUCUUAAAGCAAUACAUUUAUUACAGUAUUUUUAUUUUUUUUGUUAACGUUAUGCAUACGGCAAUUUUUUAUUUUUUAUUUUUUCUGGCCAAAAUGUGUUUUAAAUAUAUGUUGUAAACGGUGAUGUUAAAAGAGGUAUAUUUUUUAAAUUAAAAACAUAUUUAGUUUCAAUCAUCAUAUACUAAAAUGGUAUUUCAAAAUGUAUUUUAGGGACAAGAAAUUACAUUUCCAAUUCGUUAAUGUUUAACUUUUUUUUUCUUUUUAUAAAUUCACGUGUUAUUGACAACAAAUACACUUUUUUUCAAAUGUGAACAUGUUUUCUUGGAUUGAUCUCAGAAAAUGCAUGGAUGCAAAAAUAAUUAUUUUAAAAAUGUAUUUAUAUUUUUAAAAUAUAUUUUUAAAAAUAUACAAAAAUGGGCAAAAAUAUAUUGGUCGAAAACUAAUUGACAAAUAUAGUUUAUAUAUAUAUAUAUAUAUAUAUAUAUAUACAUAUAUAUACACAUAUAUAUACACACACACUUUUCUUUUGCCGUUUGGGUAGUUAAUAAAAAGAUGACUGUUAGUUCAUGUAAGUUCAUGCAGUAACAUUGAUAAUGUAUUAGUAAAUGUUGAAAUUAACAUAUCAUUAUUAUAUUUCAUAUUACUGGACUAAUGUUAACAAAAGAACCUUAUUAACACUUUCUUUAUACGUGUUCCAAAGAAAAGCAAUGUCUGUUUACAGAAUUUUUUAUCAGAAUGUAAAAAUCACUUUCCUUUUUUCUCAUUUCUGACUCAUUUCCACUCAGUUGUCAUAUUUUCACAUGUGAUUCCGGAAGCAAAAUGGUUUGUGAAUGUGUUUUCAUGUCGACUUUAAGCGUGUUUACAUGCAGACAUCCACAGCCUCGUGCCUGUCGCUUCCUUCAGGGAAAAUAUGCAGGAAUUGUUACGUCUUUGAAUGUACGAACUGUAACAGUUUACAUGUAUUUUGGUAAUGUGAAAUGAACACAGAAUCCCAGUAUUUUUCUGACUGUAGAGGAACAGUUGUGAGAAACGAGGUGAAACCUCAUCUGCUCACAAACUGCCACCAUAUCCUAUAAAACCACAGCCAAUCGGCUGCGGCCUCCUGCGGCUCGACCAAUCACGAGCUGCGUAUCUGCCACGUCACUGGGGGAUUUUUGUAUCACUGAAGCUGUUUCCAUAUUAUGUAACAUGAAAAAUAAAGAAAUGUGAAACGA